AUGAGAAUGUUUCUGGAUCGAUUGCAGCAAUACAAGUUUAUGGAGCAGUCCAAGCGCCAGCAAUUGGCAGACCUCAAGGUGAAGAUUCCGGAUAUCGAGAAAAACUUGGAUGUCAUUGAAAAUAUUAAGCAACAAAAGGCUGAUGAAAAUGCAAGUAUGGAAGUCAAUUAUGAGCUCAAUGAUACCCUUUAUACACGAGCUGAGAUAGAUAUUCAAAAGACAGACUCUGUGUUCUUAUGGCUUGGAGCCGAUGUGAUGCUUGAGUACCCACUAGAUGAAGCAGUGAGUUUGCUCAACGACAGACUUUCCAACAACCAACAACUGUUGAAAGCAGUAGAAGAAGACCUUGAGUUUUUGAAAGAAAAUAUAACCACCAUGGAGGUGAAUACCGCCAGAUUAUUCAAUUGGGAUGUGGAGAGACGAAAAAGGGAAAAGAGUGAAGCAAAGUAG